UGUAAUACACUGCAAAAACCAGGGUGUUAAAUAUUCAACACCAGCAUGGAAUAGAAAAAUAUCAACACCCUUGGUGUUCAUUUCAUGUCCGAUUGGCGAAAAAUAACACCAACGGUGUGAAAAUAUUCAAUUACAGGCUGAUGGUGUCAUAUUUGGUGUUAUAAAAUCGCACAUGCGCAUAAGCUAGAGAAUUCGACGAAAAUCAUUGGACGAAAGUUGUCAUAUGAUCCGAUAUGCGCCUCUGCAGCUGCGCGCGCACAGCUAGACGAGAGCAUGUGGCUAGAGAAUUUCACUGGCACUGACUUGAAGUCUUGAUUCUGGAGUAGUAAUUCUUCAAAUUAGGCCUAGAUUCUAGAUGUGAAGUGAUCGAAGUGCAUGCAACCAUGCCAUUAAGCGUCAGGGUCUGUUCAGCGGAUCGAAGUAUUAGAAAAUACCUGCCUAUAGAUCCAGAAGACACAGUAGGAUUCUUUGAACUCAUCAGAAGAAAAUUCCACAUAAGGGAUGGGGAAGAUCUCGUACUUGUGGAUGAACAAGAAGGGUUUGGUAUAGACGAUGACGUACUAGGAGAUGUGGUGACCAGCAAUCCCACAGUCAGCCUCAUGGUGCUAAAAGAAGAUGAAGAAUGGUCUGGUUCAGAUGUACAUAGCAUCACAAGUGCAGACACUAUCAAGGUGGAUACCAGCUCCUCUUCCCUGAGUAGCUCAGAAUCUGAUUCAAGUUUUUGCUCCAGUAGAAAGAGGCCACGAUUAAAUGCCCUCAGUGAAUCAGGUGCAAUCACUGACAACUCUUGUGAGUUUGUACAAGAAAUUUUGCGGCACAGAGGUGAUGCCAUUCUCCGAGAGUAUGAAUUGACUGGAGCACUUCAAGAUAAAACUAGACGGCAGAUGAUUAACCUUUUGGUAGCCCACAUGCAAGAACACUAUGGCAAACAUCCAAAAGCAGCUAUGAAAACCAAAUAUGCCAUGGGGAUAGUGAAUCUGUUUCCAAGACUCAAGGAUCCGUUUACUAGCACAGGUCAUGAAGCUUAUUUUGAUGCAAGAAGUAACACGGGAUUCCUGGCUGCUAGAAUAAAAAAUGUUAACCGCACAACAGAGGAGAAGACAUCCAACCCAUUACCCAAGCCAUCAAGCAGAGAUGGUGGUCCUGGGAAGGUCCGAGAAGGUGACCAAGAAUCUGCUCCAGGCUGCACCUAUGAUGAAGACCUCAACUGGUUACGACACUGUCCAACAUUAGAACGUGAUUCUACCCUGGUUGUUGAAAAGAUGAAAUCCACUUUUCCUGUUAGACAGCAUAUGGUCAGGGACGGACGCUCCGCAUCGGAUAUUUUGGAACAGUUUCCUUUUGAAACUGUUCCAGGUUUGAUUGAGGUAGAUUUUCGGAAACUUUUUCCUGAAAAUCACUCGCGUUUCCUGACCAAAUGGCCCGAGUUGAAGCCCAAGGUUGUUACACUUGCAAGACAACUUCUGAAGCAGAAAGGAAACUUGACAGUGAUGGAGCUUCUGUCAUCUUAUGACAGUUCUGAUCAAAAUAAAGAAGGAUGGAAUUCCAGCACAUCUGCUAUCCUCCUCCUCUUGUGCCUAUUGCCUCCUGCAAGCCAAGGGAAGUCCAAAGCUGCGUCAGCAAAAGUGUCCAUUUCUUCAGCUCUCUCGAGGGUUAUUCAAUUUCAGAAGACAGGAGGGAGUAUUCAAGCAUUCCUCGACAACACAAAAGAGACCAAGAGUCAACCGUUCCUUCUGGCAAUUGGCAAUUCCAAGGCCCGAAUCACCAACUACAUGAUCAUUGUGGAUCACAAGGCCAUUCCAUGUUCGGCACGCACGGUCGAAGCAGCAGUAGAUUUACUCUUCAAGACCCACUUUGUCUUUGGCCUGCAGUACUGCUUGUCUCUGCGGCAGUUCUGGACUUUUGUCCAGACUGCCAUUUUUUAAAUCGAUAUCGGAGUGUCCCGGGAAACACCAAGAGUACGUGAAAUUAGAUCGAAAUUGUUAGCACCAUGAUUUGCUUCAAAUGCCACAAACAGUUUGCAAUACCCAAAUUGGUUCAACAUUUGAGAUUGAAACAUGGAGUUAUUGAAGAUGGUAAAGAAGUAUUGACCUGUGGGCAGGGAGCUUGUGCGAGAACAUUUCAUACUUUUCGAGGAUUUCGGGGACAUUUGCAGACUCACCUUAAAACCGAUUUUCCAGAUAAUAAAGAGCAGUCUAAUGAAAAUGAUAAAGUGAGUGACUUUCCUGAAGAAAGUCUUGAAAGUCUUCAAGAAUACAAUAUUAAUAAUGAUGAGAUUGUUGAAGAUCAGGAUGUAUAUGAAGAUGACAUUUUAUCUGUAGAUACCUUGAACAGGCAGUGUGUAAAUGUAAUUUCAAAAUUUUCAGCAAAUAGUGCAAACUCUGGAAAAGUUGUAAAUGAUGUAGUAGAAACAACCAGUGCGAUUGUAGGUGAUGUAGUAAAAAGUGCAUCGGCAGCCGUUACAGCUGCUUUCUUAAAACAUAAGCUGCCUAUAGAAUCCGAGGCUUAUAAGGAGAUUCAAACACAUUUUGCUAUGCUUGAAAAGCCCUUUGAAAAUUUGAAUUCAGAAUAUAAGCGGACAAAGUAUUGUGAAUCAAUUGGACUUGUUGAACCACAAGAAAUCAAGUUAGGCAUCCGAUAUGAUAGUCGUCUCAAUAAAAGAACUAAGCAGUAUGAACAGAUUGCUAUUGAAGAUACAUUUGUUUACGUUCCCAUUUUAGAUUCUUUGAAGCAGCUUUUAAGCAAUAAAGAUAUAUUGCAUUUUGCUACUCAUGACCAUAAGAGCACAGAUGGUGUAAUGAGAGAUUAUUGUGAUGGUUCACAAUUUGAGAAAACCCCUCUUUUCCAUGAAGAUGAGAAUGCCCUCCAAAUUCACUGUUUUUAUGAUGAUUUCGAGACUGUGAACCCCAUUGGUUCAAAAACAAAAAUUCACAAGAUAGGUGCUUUAUAUUUCAUUUUGAAAAAUCUGCCACCAAAGUAUAAUUCCAAUCUUUCCAAUAUCAAUCUUAUAGCUCUAUGGUAUGCUGAAGAUGCCAAGAAAUAUGGAUUUAAUGCUAUUCUCAAGCACAUUGUAAAAGACAUUAAUAUCCUGUCAACAGUUGGCAUUGCUCUCCCUAAUGGAAUUGUGAAGAAGGGGACCAUUACUCAAAUAAGUGCUGAUAAUCUUGGUGCUAAUUCCCUACUGGGAUUUGUAGAGAGCUUUUCUGCUCAUUAUUACUGUCGAUUAUGUGUUACAAGUAAGGAAGAGGCACAGAACAAAUUCAAAGAGGUUUCAAUGGAUAUGCGCACCAGGCAGACUUAUGAGCAACAUUUAGAAGAAGCUGAAGCUCAAACUACCCAGUCACAUGUGUUUGGAGUGAAACAAAAGACUGUAUUGAAUGAUUGUAUUUACUUUCAUGUCUUGGCAAACUUUUCACUAGAUAUAAUGCAUGAUCUUUUGGAAGGCAUAGUUCAGUAUGAGCUGAAACUUGUUCUAGAGUAUUUCAUAUAUGAAAGGCAACCGCCCCUCUUGUCCCAAGAUGAACUGAAUCAGAGAGUCGCCAGCCAUUGCUUAAACCGUACAGAUAACAAGAACAAACCAUCCUUUAUUAAACUUAGGUCAGCUAGGAAUGAUGUUGGACAGAAGGCUAUGCAAGCAUGGUGCUUGAUUCGAAAUCUGCCAUUCAUAAUUGCUCAAGACAUUGAAGAAGGAAAUGUCUACUGGGAAUUGCUACUUAGAUUACUAGAUUGUAUGGACAUUAUUUUUGCUCCUCAAUUGACAGCAGGCUUGAUAGCCCAAUUGUCUAUUCUUACUGAAGAACAUCACACACAUUUCCAGAAAACCUUUCCUGACAGAAGGUUGUUGCCAAAACACCACUUUAUGGUGCAUUAUCCAACGUGUUUGAGAGAAGUUGGGCCACUCAUACAUGUAUGGUGUAUGAGGUACGAAGCGAAACAUCACUAUUUUGGCCGUGUUGCAGAAUCUGUGCGUAAUUACAAAAACAUUUGUAAAUCACUUGCCAAAAAACAUCAGACAGCACUAACGUUCCAUCUUCAGUCAAACCAUCCUUUGGAAUAUCUGGAGGUUGGGCCAGGUAGUUCACUACUUUUGUCAGAUUUAGAUGAAAAUAUUGGACAGAUUGUGCAAGAGCAAAUCCAAGUAGAGGAUCUUUCUACUGAAUUAUUUGAUGCCAACUGGGUUAAAGUACAUGGAACACAUUAUCAGUUGUCACUUCUGGUCUGCCAUGAUGUUAGCGAGCUUCCUCUGUUUGGUCAAAUAGAGCAUAUCAUUGUACACAAUAGCACUGUAUUUUUUGUACUUGUCCAAUUAGAUACAGUGUAUUACAAUUCACACUAUCAUGCCUAUGCAGUAGAAUUUAGUUUUCCACGUUGUCAUGUAGUGAAGAAUCAAAAGGAACUUGUUGACUACAAACCACUAGAUUUGAUGACAACUUUGUCGAAGACAGACUCGAGGAAGUAUGUAGCACCAAGGCAUGUACUUUUUAAGUAAUUUAAAGCUUUCAAGCUAAUGUCUGGUUUUGCUUAGUGGUAUCAAUUGGUUUUAAAAAUAAUUUUGAUCAAUAAUAUUUUGGACUCUUAAUUGUUAACAUCUUUAAAUUGGUUAAUUCGAAACCAAAUUGAAGUCAAAUAGCUGUUGUAUAUUUUCUUUUUUUUUCUUACAAGAAAAACAAUUCUAUGAUGUUUGUGCAUGAAAGCCAGUGAACUAGAAGUGCAUGGACUGAUUUUUGUUGUUGUUGUUUAUAUCCUGUUGGAAAAACGAGCAGCGAAUUAGUUGAUAUAGAAAUGCAUAAUUUUACUUUUUUAUUUUUUCUCCCAGGAGUAAAAUGGGAAAUACAUGUUUGUAAACAGAAAGCUGUAAAAGAAUGUUCACCUAUAUUAGAAUGAAUGUGGAAUUUAUAGUGUUUUUUUAAUGUUUUUGAAACAUUUGUUUAACCCUUUACAAGCAGUGAAGGAGAUAAAAAUCCCCUGAAAUAAUUAAAUCAUCCUGAAUCUCAAUGGUUGCAGGCCUGUGGUAAAAAAAAAUCUUGUUAAACAAAACUGCUGGAUAAGAUUUGUUAGUUUUGCUAUUGUUCUUGAAGGCUGCUUCCUAGCAUAAGACAUUAAAAAGCCUUACUAUAAUUAGUCUGCGAGCACAGACCAUUGGCUUCGGUUUUGCAAUUUGCAUAGUGCACGAUGUAAAAUGGAAUAUGUUUGUAAACAGAAAGCUGUAAAAGAAUGUUCACCUAUAUUAGAAUGAAUGUAGAAUUUAUAGUGUUUUUUCAAUGUUUUUGAAACAUUUGUUUAACCCUUUACAAGCAGUGAAGCUAGGAGAUAAAAAUCCCCUGAAAUAAUUAAAUCAUCCUGAAUCUCAAUGGUUGCAGGCCUGUGGUAAAAAAAUCUUGUUCAACAAAACUGCUGGAUGAGAUUUGUUAGUGUUGCUAUUGUUCUAGCAUAAGAAAUUAAAGUCAUACUAUAAUUAGUCUGCGGGCACAGACCAUUGGCUUCGGUUUUGCAAUUUGCAUAGUGCACGAUGUAGAGUCUGCAUUUAGAGACUACAUAUACACAUACAGUUAUGCUCCCUUUAAGGGAUCAUGAUAUGAGUGAAAGUAGUCUCUGACUGCAGACUCUGAAAUAUGCACUACGAAACUUGCGAAAAACCGAAGCCGAGAGUCUGCCUGCAGAUUAUACUAGCAGUUUCCAAGGUUUUUUUUUUUGGGGGGGGGGCACUCUGUAUAUUUCAUAUGAAAAAGAUUCUGUGAUAUUUUCCUUCAGCAUGCAUGUACUAGGAUUCAAGGUGAAAUGUGUCAAAAUUCUUAUUAGCUACAUAAUUCACUCUGAUGUAGAAGCAUAAUGUUUGUUGUUUUUUUUGUUUUGUCUUCAUUUAUACAUGCAUUUUGCAUCCUGUUUAGUUUCUAUUUAUUAGAAACGACUUUGAUUUUUCAUUCCUUGAAAGGAAUUAUGACAUUGUUUAAAGUUUUUAUAUUGGAAAAUUUUUAGUUACUUGUUUCAUCCUUUUUUUUUUUUACUUAUAAGGGUGGAUUCAUAAUAACAGAUUUUGAAUGAUUUUUAGUUACUUGUUUCAUCCUUUUUUUUUUACUUAUAAGGGUGGAUUCAUAAUAACAGAUUUUGAAUGAUUUAAAAAAGUGUGUUUUGUUGUAUUCAGACAAAUGAGUCACAGAUUUUGAAUACAUGACAAAAGGAUUUAAUGUUGAACCAUACAAGAUAAAAACGCUAAGCAUCAUUGAUUUCAACAUGAAUGAAAACAAGUUGUUUAAUUUAUUGAUUAAACAAGCACCAUGUGUUUUUGUUUACGAAAAAAAA